AUGGGCCCUAGAAAACAGGCCACGAGGCGGUCCACGAGAUCACAAAUAAAGAAAUCUGAGCCUGUGGUUGAAGAAGAGCAACAAGUAUCUCCAGACCCGACUACCCCUCAAGGCCUGCUACAAUCGAUCAGCAUAACUCAGUAUGUAUUUGAGCUUGUUGAUAGAGAGGCCUCGAUAGCAGACUGGAUCCAGUGGUUUGUUCUACUCUUUGUUGCAAAUGUGAUAUACGUCUUGUUCAACGACAAAUCGAAGGGCGAUUCGUUCAAUGUGCAGUAUUUGUACGACUCUAUUUUUACACUGUUGUGUGUUGUCUGUCAAAUGGCCAUAGUCUUCCAUCAUCUCUGGAAAAAAUAUAAAGUCACCGGCCAAAACGCUCCACAGUUGCCUGAGCUGGAACUCAUCUAUGCUGUCUUUAUUCCACUUGCAAUUUCGCUCAUGCAAAGUCCAAGAAACCUGGUCCUCGUUGCAGGUUCUGUCGCGCUCGUGUCUGAUCUGAAUGAGCUGGUAAAGAUAGGAGUCUCUGUGCUUUUGGAAAUUCAGCUGCUUACAUCACAUGAAAGCGUCGAAUCCUUGCCCUUUGUUUUUGUCCUCGCUGGCCCCGUGUGGCACGUGACCGUUACGUCCCUGCUGGAGUAUGUGUCUCCUAACUCGUUCUCCAAAAGCGAAAGAAACAUCUUGGGGACUCUUGCCGUCGCUAUGGUUCUGUUCAUCAACGCACAAUCUUCAGUGCACCUCCAGAUCCUCCAGAAACUCAUGGUGUCAUUUUCUGCGGCCACAGGCCUCUGUUACGCAAUCUACCUGGUAUACGAAAAGACCGACCGCAACUGGGCCGUUCUUGCCAUUUUGCAGGCGGCGUUCUAUGGCACAGGGGUCCGUCUUUCCAUCUACUUCCUAACACCGGUACUCAAGGAAAACCCCCUGCUAUGGCUGCAAGAUUACAUCCAGGAAACGGAAUCUCGAUGGUUUAUCUUCCAGCUCUGGCUCUGUGGGCUUUUUAUUGUACUGCCUUCUCUGUUCAUCAUCGCGCCAGUGUUUCCAUUGGACGUGCGCCGGAAAGUUUGGCAUUUCGUCUUGUUUACGGCGUUGUCCUACCCGCUGCUCGUUGAUUCGCAGAUGGUUUCUCUGGCACUAAUCGGACUAUUCGGUCUAUUGUUACUGGUGGAACUGCAAAGAGCGUUGCGGAUCCCGCCAUUCGGCAGCUUUCUCCAACAGAAGUUUUCUGAUUUCCUAGAUGAGAAAGAUUUAAAGGGCGAGAUCGUCUCAUCGUACCUAUUCUUGGUGCUGGGCGUUGCACUGCCGAUCUGGCUCGACCCCGAGGCUCCGGAAGCGAUAGCAGGUCUGGUCACUGUUGGUCUCGGCGAUUCGUUUGCUUCGCUUUUGGGCAAGCGGAUAGGAGCCAAUUUCUGGCCAGGAACCAAGAAAACAGUCGAAGGGUCCGUUGCAUUUGUGGCAGCUACCGCAGGGGGCUUGGUGUUUUUCAAGCUGUUAGGCCAGAACGACUUCUCCUAUUCCAACAUUUUAUGCUCGGCAAUGCUUUCUGCAAUGGUGGAGGGGUGCACGACAAUGAACGACAACCUGUUGGUACCAAUAUUCACCUAUCUGUGUUUGACUGUCUUCAAAUACUUCUAG